AGCAACGAACAAACUGUAGUUCAUGGUUACAACAACCCAACAAACUGCUGCUAUUGGUGGUGAACACGGAUAUACAGCCAUCUGAAAAGUACCGCCAUGAAUGAGACAGAGUGCGAGGAUCUCAUCAAAUCUGUGAAAUGGACGGAACCAGCCAAUCUGAUCUCCCUGGCCAUACUCGAGUUCAUCAACGUUCUGGUCAUUGGCGGCAACUGCCUUGUGAUUGCCGCCGUCUUCUGUUCGAAUAAGUUGCGCAGUGUUACCAACUUCUUUAUCGUUAAUUUGGCUGUGGCCGAUCUACUGGUGGGUCUAGCGGUGCUGCCCUUUUCCGCCACCUGGGAGGUGUUCAAGGUCUGGAUAUUCGGCGAUGUUUGGUGUCGCAUUUGGCUGGCCGUCGAUGUCUGGAUGUGCACCGCCUCUAUUUUGAAUCUGUGUGCCAUAUCCCUGGAUCGGUAUGUGGCGGUCACGCGACCCGUCACCUACCCAAGCAUCAUGUCAACGAAGAAGGCCAAGUCCUUAAUCGCUGGCAUUUGGGUACUCUCAUUUGUUAUUUGCUUUCCGCCCCUUGUCGGCUGGAAGGAUCAAAAGGCCGUUGAACAGCCGACCUAUUCGCGGGGAAACUAUACGCUUUUCUAUGCCACCACGAUGUCAAGCACAGAGGAUGGUCAACUAGAGUUAGAUAGCAUUAAGGAACAGGGCGAGCAACUGGAGAGCUCCGCCCGCACUAGCAAUGGCAACGCCUACAAUCCCUACGAUCCCGACUUUGCCCCCAUCGAUGGCUCCGCCGAGAUACGGCUAGCAGCCAUGACGACCCCAAGCAGCAGCAGCACCACCACCAGUACAUCGCCCCCAAGUCUGGCCACCACCGAAAUGGAGUACAACGUGCAGAACAGACCCCAGACAACGCCGGGCAGCUGCCCGUGGAAGUGCGAGCUGACCAACGAUCGCGGCUACGUACUGUACUCUGCCCUGGGAUCGUUCUACAUACCCAUGUUCGUGAUGCUCUUCUUCUACUGGCGGAUCUACCGGGCGGCCGUGCGCACCACGCGGGCCAUCAACCAGGGCUUCAAGACCACCAAGGGCAGUCCCCGGGAGUCGGGUAACAAUCGCGUCGACGAGUCGCAACUGAUACUGCGGAUCCACCGGGGACGUCCUUGCAGCACACCGCAACGCACCCCGCUCUCCGUGCACUCCAUGUCCUCGACUCUGAGCGUGAACAGCAACGGAUUAGGUGGCGGAGGCGGAGGAGGAGCUGGCGAGGAUCAUCAUCAGUCCAUACCGCAGACGGGCACGCCCAAGCGAGCCACCUCGAUGCGUGUCAGUCGCCAGCGACCCGAGAAGGUGGCCAUCAAGGUGUCCUUCCCCUCGACGGAGAACGUCUUGGAAGCACAGAGAACGGCAGGCCAGCAGCCUCCACACUCACCCCACUUUGCGGUCAUCAGCAGCUCCAAUGGGCGACGGGCCUCCUUCAAGACCAGCCUCUUCGACAUUGGGGAAACCACCUUCAAUCUGGACAACACGGCCCAGUCGGCCACGGACUUGGAGAGCGGUAACGCGGCUGCUUCGACGGCAGCCAAGAAGCGGGCGGGCAAGCGCAGCGCAAAGUUCCAGGUGAAGCGUUUCCGCAUGGAAACCAAGGCGGCCAAAACGCUCGCCAUCAUCGUGGGUGGCUUCAUCGUCUGCUGGCUGCCCUUCUUCACGAUGUAUCUGAUACGGGCCUUCUGCGAGAGCUGCAUCCAGCCGACGGUCUUCUCGGUGCUCUUCUGGCUGGGCUACUGCAAUUCGGCAAUCAAUCCGGUGAUCUAUGCGCUCUUCUCCCACGAGUUCCGCAUCGCCUUCAAGCGCAUCGUCUGUCGCUGCGUGUGCACGAGGAGUGGCUUCCGGGCCUCGGAGAACUUCCAGAUGAUCGCCGCCAGAGCUCUGAUGGCUCCAGCCACAUUCCACAAGACCAUUUCCGGCUGCUCGGACGAUGGCGAUGCCGUGGACUUCAGCUGACUAAUCGGUAGCUAUGAGACGAGCUCGGGACCGGGUCCGGGUCCGCUUCAGCGCACAUCCUCGCUGCCGCAGGACUCCAGCGAUGCGGGGCUAGGGGACGAGGGAUCUGGCAGCACCCGGCGGAUACGGCGCGGCGGCUUCUGCAAGGGGCGCGUUCUCUGAAGGGGCAAUGCAUUUCGAUUUUUGAUACUUUUCGACUUUUGUAAACGUCGCGAGCAGCAGUAUCCCGCCAGCAUCCCCCUAUAAAAAUUGUCAGUAUUCGCAUUGAACGACGUUGUAACUGUAUGGCAAUAAUUUUCAUGUAUUUACCUAGAUCUAAGACUAUGUUAAACUACUUACUAUAUGAGAUACUCGUACAGAUACAUAACUACUUAUAACUAUUCGUAUGAGGCACAAGAUACAAGAUACACGAUAAAAGCCGACUAGCCAUAAGCAGCCCAUUGUUUUCAGUUCUGUUGUGUACAUGUGUUAGGCGCAAGGACAAAACUCUCAUCAAAUUAGUUACAUAACAGAUAUAAAUAUAUAUAUAUAGGCAUAUGUGUAUGUGUGUGUGUAUUGCAGCUGUGUGUGUGUAAGUCAACUGCAGCUGCAAUAAAAACGACAGCAGAGAAAAACAAAUCGAAAUAAAUACAAAUAAAGAAUACAAAAGCCAAGAACAAGUGCCGACAACGAAAUGACCAGAAAUUGGCAAAAUGCCGGGUCUAUCAAGGUAGCGACAGCCGGUCUGUGAGGGAAGUGCCCUGAGGCCCGCGACCAAAGACAUUCCGAAUCAUCAAAAGAGAAGUGAAGCCACCAUACACCACACCAAAGAUGAAAUACCCUCUCAAUACACAGUCAAGCUGCUAUCUGCAGAGGGACUUGUUAGCCUCCUACCAGCAUCGACUGGAAACACACACAAAAAUGAAUUAGAUUCUUAAGCACAUAGCCGUUCAAGCUUGGUUCUUCAUUCUACCGGCUUUAAACGUAGUGUAGAGAAUUUUCAUUUAACGCUUUUCCUCCUCGCAACACACAUGAGUGGGCUCGGUUUCCUUUGACCCAUAUGGUCUGGUGCUCUUCGACAUCAAUGACACUCCGUCUUGUCCACUGGACAGCAUCGGGUCAAGAGAUUCGAUAUUAAAUUGCUCGAAGAGUACCUCGGGGCAUAAGCUGACAGAUUGGCUAAGAGCAAGAAGUGGGCUUAGAGCUAUCGCUGAACAAUAAAGCUGCUUUUAAUUCUUCAAAAGCCAAGGCAGGAGCAACAGCACAAUCAGG